AUGGAGGCACUUAAAAACGUCCUGGACACGUUGUCCAGCCUUUUCCAUCAUUCUGGCAAUACCAGCGCGAAGCUACCGGGCCAACAAUCACAGCCCGAACGGGGGUACUACAACGGCCACCGCCUCCAUCGCCAUGGUCGUGCCAGGAGACGCGACCAUACCCUCGGGGGCCAUCCAGAGAUAAUCGUCCCCGUGGUCCUGGUUGCAGGUGCCGUCGCAGGCUUCCUCUGCUGCUUUACGGCCCGCAUCAUUCUCGAGGACCAGAUUGCCACGAACUUCGUGCUCCCGCAGAACAACCAUCUGCGCAUCCUCAGCGGCCUCAUUAUCCUCGUCUCCUGGGUACUCAUUCGCCUUGUUUUCUUGCUCCCGUUGGCCGUCGAGAACCUCGUCCUGUUUGGAAUCAUCUGCUUCCCAAAGUACCGAAAAAGGCAGAGGCACCAGCUGUGUACCCCCUUUGCAUGGAUGGACCGCACUUGUCGGACCAAGGCAGCCAUCAGUCUCGCCUGGAUCUUUAGAGGCUUUAGGCGUGCUCCAAAGCCUGUCGUGCAGGAACCGACUUUGCAGCCGCCUCAGAUCUGUCCCGAGAGUCAGCUUCCCGAGGGUCGCCCUCCCGCGAGUCACCUCCCCCCUCCCGCCUACGGGCUCCACGUCUCCGACUCGGUCAUUUCCCCGCCCCCUCCAACAUACAAGACCCAGGCUGGCAACGACGAGCAAAUUUUGCCCAUGUAG